CACGGAUUGACUUCUAGCAAAAUGAUAGGGCCUUGCUCCUUCCAGAUGAGUUUGCCAAGGCCGAAUCUAAUGAGUGACUCCAGGGAUAAGGCCUCCGCUCCUCAGCAGUACCACGAUAUAACUCGUCGACACAUCUGAGACAACUUGUUGGGCCCGAUCCAUGAAUCGUCUUUCCGUGGUUACACUGCACGCGCGAGCAAUCACCACAGUAGUGAAAGACCGCCACGCGUGCCUCAGGUCGACAUCCGCUUACACGAGGGGGCGUUUUGGGGUUUUGACUUGGAACGACAUCAUCUUCUCUCAUAUCUGCAAGUGACCAUGAAGUUCCUUCUCGCAAGCGCCUGCCUACUCGGCGCGGCCCUUGCAGCCAAGGAGGACCACCUCGUCAGCCGCAGGCUCUCCAAGCGCUUCAUCGACGAGGCUGGCAACUACAACAUCUCCUUCUACCACAUCAACGAUGUUCACGCGCAUCUCGACGAGUUCUCGUCCUCGGGCACCGACUGCACGCGGCCAGAACGCGGGUGCUUUGGAGGUUAUGCGCGCGUCAAGACGGUCCUCAAGGAGACGCGGCCGUCGCAUCCGGACUCGCUGCUGCUCAACGCAGGCGAUGAGUUCCAGGGGACCAUGUUCUUCUCCUUUUACGGCGGCGAGAAGAUUGCGGAGACGCUCAAUCAGAUCGGCUUUGAUGCCAUGACGCUGGGCAAUCACGAAUUCGACCGCGGGGAUGACCACCUGGGCGAAUUCCUUGAGAACCUGACCUUCCCCAUCGUCAGCGCCAAUAUUAUCUCGGACCAUCCGGUCCUGAACCGCACCAUCAAGCCGUUCCAUAUCUUUCCGCAGUACGAGCUGGCGGUGAUCGGUGUCACAACCGAGACCACCCCCGGCAUCUCAUCGCCGGGCAAGGGCACCACCUUCACCGACGCCGUGGCAGCCGUCCAGAACACAGUGGACCUGAUCCGUUCCACCACCAACAUCACCCGCAUCGCCGCCCUCACUCACAUUGGCUACGACGAGGACCAGCGUCUGGCGCGCGAGACGACCGGCCUGCACCUCAUCAUGGGCGGACACAGCCACACGCCGCUUGGCGCCUUCGCCGGCGCCGCGGGCCCGUACCCAACCAUCGUCGAGAACAAGGACGGCGACGAGGUGUUCAUCGUCACGGCGUACCGCUGGGGCGAGUACCUGGGCUACAUUGAUGUGACCUACGACGCCCAGGGCAAGAUCCUCUCGUACCAUGGCGGGCCGAUCCACCUGACCAACGCCACGGCCCAGGACGAGGAGCUGCAGACGCAGAUUGACGAGUGGCGGGGACCGUUUGAGGAGUUUGCGAAGCAGGAGGUCGGUUACACCAAUGUGGUCCUGGACCAGUCAACGUGCCAGCGGCAGGAGUGUUUGCUGGGUGAUUUCGUUUCCGACGCCCUGCUGCAAUACCGCCUCAACUUCAGCACCCCCGAGACGGCGCCCGCAUUCGCCAUCGUCAACGCCGGCGGCAUUCGGGCGACCAUUGACGAGGGUCCCAUCACCCGCGGCGAGGUCCUGACGGCAUUCCCCUUCAGCAACGCGGUGGUCGAGGUGACCAUGAGCGGAGAUCGCCUCUGGAGGACACUCGAGGGCAUCAUCUCCCGCGUCAACGUGGACAACGGCAGGCCAGUCACAUCGUUCCUGCAGGUCAGCCGCGGUGUGCACAUCGAGUAUGCCCCCUCGGCUGCCAACAGCACUAGCAACGUCCUGGUCUCGGUGACGAUCGGGGACAAGCCACUGGACAGGGCGGCCGAGUACAAGAUCGUCACUGUCGACUUCAUCGCUGGCGGCGGUGACAAUUUCUUCAGUCCCCCGUUUGAGGACCUGGUGGUCUUGGAUACCAUGGACCAGGUCCUGAUCAACCAUAUCGGUGCCACGUCGCCUGUGGACAUUGCGCUGGACGGGCGGUUGAAGGCCGUCAGCCGGUGCAAAGCAGCAAAGGCUAGGAGGGCUAGGGGCAAUUAGUUGGCCUUGCUUUGGUGUAUCUAAUAUAAGAACUCAUUAGGAAUCGAGCCUGAACAGGUUGUAAGUGAUCUGAACCGUACAAGACAGUGCAGCCAGUAGGGGACGAGAGAGGGUAAUGUCAUUUCGCGAUCUUGGCUGGAGCUAAAUGACUACCAGUUUCAGGCCUCCUUUUCCACGUGUUCCACCUCUUCGGCUGAUAGUCUCUUCUGGCUGG